AUGGCUAAUGGAAGUCUUUUCGAAUCGAUUAAUUUGAACUCUUCUUCCGCCAGAAAUGAUACAGGUAACACAAAUACAAGACAGGCUGAUCUACCACUUACAACUUCAGACGAAGAUGAACUAGAUCCUACUGAAUUCUUAUCACCAGAAUCUCCUAAUGUUUCUCCGAAAGUGUCAGUUGCUAAAUCAAAACUUGAUGAUAUUCAAAAUCGGCCCAAUAUAUUAAACAUAGAUGAAGCUUCAAGCCCUAUAUCGAAUGAAGAUGCUAUUUUCCUGAAUCCAUCUAAAUUGGCUUCUAAUUCUGUAAGCAUAAGAGGUUCCACUUAUAGUGAUUCAGAUAUUUCCCAAAGCUUUCAAUUGCCGGCGCUUACAUUUGAAAGCUCUCCUGGAGCUUUGAGUAAGGCUAGAUCUGCAAUUGAUGAAGCGCUUGGGUUUUUAAUAGAUCGAAUAAAACUUUUAUAUCGUGAGCUCGCGAGUAACGUACAACUACAUAAGGUAGCGCUCACUAAUGGUGAUGAGAGAUUAUCAAAAGUUCGAAGUAUGAUAUCCCAAAACUUCGAACAAUUAGCCGUCGCUCAUCAUUCCCUAAACGAACUUUACAUGAGAGAUAUGACAAAUACUAGAAAACUUUAUUCCGAUAUUCAGCAAUGGGACUUACAUAGAAGCAAAAUUUUGGAAAAGAUUAUUAACAUAAAGAGCGAUAAAAAUAGACAUGGGGCCAAACUUACGAUUCUUUUGGAUGAAACCAAUGCAAUAACACAAGAGAUUAGUGAAUUGGAAAAAAGACUAGAAAUGCUCAAGCUAAGGAAACGACUUAUAAAUUCUGAAAUUGAAGAAACAAGCUCUGUUCUAGAAAGUAGAACCUCUAAAUAUGUAACAUCUUUCAAAGAAUUAGAGAGCAAUGGAAAAGAAUUAUUCAAGGAUUUUCUUGUACUGAAUGGAGUGCCACUGCUCACUGUUGAUAAUUUUAUUAAAAAGGAAAAAAUUGACGUCACCUUUGUCAAACAUUAUAAUGAGAGUAUGAAUUCUUUAGGUUCUAUUGACUCUUCUAGAUAUGGUCCCUUGGGUAAGCGUACCAAUCACGAAUCUGAUGAGUCAUUUAAAACACUAGCUGCUGAAAGCAGACUGCAAAUUACAGAAUCUAAAGCGAAUCUUUCUUUUAUUGGAAUGCAACCUUUUAUCCCGCCGGAUGAAAAGAUACAGCCAACCCCAAAUCCUCUGCAGGAAACGUUCAAAGAGAAAAGAUCGAAUGCUUUUGAAGAGGGUCUUUCACAGGGCUCCAAGCUGGCUAAGGUUAUUAAAGAACAUAUGACUCAAUUCAUGCAUAAUAUUAUUCCGAAGAAUGACUCGAAUGUAAUGGUUAACAAAUUUUCAGUAAAAAUAGAUGAUGUUAAUAAUACUAUCAGCCAUAAAAUUCUGACAGAGCCGAUUUUUGAGCUCAUAAACAAUAGGAUACAAGGUUUGAACGCUGCUAUUUUAGAAUCUUCGAGAAAGGCAGUUAUAUUCCAUAAAUUUCAGGUGAUAUGGAAAGAGGUUGUAGAGGUAUUGAAAUCUCAAGAACGCACAAUAUCUAGUCAUUUAUCGUCUACUUUAAUUCAGCAGUUCCCAGAUAAAUCAGUGAUUGAUAUUUUGAGAGAAACACUAGAACGAAUCCAUACCACGGUAGCGAAACAAUAUAAGUUAAAUCAAAUUCGAGAUUUGGAUGCAUCCUCUAAAAGAGCAUACGAUACUUUUUUUCAUAAAGUACUCCUAGAUGAGAUUUUGGCUGUGAAAGCAGCAAUAAUGAUGGUCGAUAGCUCUGAAGAGUCUUCAGAAAUCACCUCUGGCUUCAAAGGGCUAGGAUUCACAGCAGACGAGUUACAAAAUAUUGAUAGUAGGUCUGAGGUUCUAAAUUCAAAAACCCUUGAUUCAUUCGUGCCAGCAUUUAAAUUCCCUCACGUCAAAAAGAAGGCGACUACCUUAACCGAGACAAAUAGUGCCAAUGUCUUGUCGUCAGGACUAUAUGCGUCAGAUGGUACAUCCAACUUAUAUCCAUCCAGCAGCAAGGCAAAUGAUUUCAAGAAUAACUUGAUUGCAAUGGCGGACCCCAAACAAGUGAAAAAAGAAUAA